AUGGCGUCCGUUGCAAGCUGGAGAUCACUUCGCGUGGACACGCUCCGGAGCCCGAGCGCCGCGUCGAACGUGAAGGUUCCGCGGAUUGGCCAGAGUCAGAGGUCUGUGCCUCUCCAUGCUCGUUGUCUUCUAGGUGCCACAUGCGCCGCCCUUGUAAAGACUCGGCGAAGCCGGGCUCGGCGUCGUGGGAGGCGAUGGGCGGCAGCCGACAUGCAGGUCUACGAUGCUGCGCAGGUGGAGGCUCUUGCCUUGCAGAACCCCGCUGCGAUUUUCUGGCGCGGGGUGCAGGUUGUCUCUCGCCUGGGCCGCUACUACCUGUCGCUGAAGCUCGACGACGCUUUGGGGCGCGACAAGGAAGCGGUGACCCAGAGGUCUCGGGAACUGCGGGAGCUGUUGCUGGAGUUGGGGCCUGUCUAUGUGAAGUUGGGCCAGGCUCUGGCCAAUCGUCCAGAUAUUGUUCGAGAUGACUACAUGGCCGAGCUUGAAAUGCUUCAGGACAAGGUGCCUCCAUUUCCCUCCCCGGAAGCCAUGUCCAUCAUUCGCUCCGAGCUGGGCCAGGACCCCAAAGACAUCUUCUCGGAGCUGAGCGCCGAGCCGGUGGCUGCGGCCUCCCUCGGGCAGGUCUACCGUGGCAGGCUGCGGAGCAAUGGCGAGGAGGUGGCGGUCAAGGUCCAGCGGCCGGGACUGAAGGACGGUUUGGUGCUGGACAUGUACAUUUUUCGCAGGCUAUCCGAAGUGCUCAACGAUUGGGCCAAGCGGAACCUGGGCUGCAAUGUGACUUUGGUUGUGGACGAGUUCGGCACGAAGCUGUGGGAGGAGGCCAACUACGUCAACGAGGCGGAGAACGCGCAGAAGUUUGCCGCGAACUUCAGGGAGGACCCCAGCGUCAAGAUCCCUGAGGUCUUCAUGCGCUACGUCAGGCGAAAGGUCAUCACAAUGCAGUGGAUUGAUGGUCUGAAAAGCACUGAUUUGGCUGGCAUGAGGCGGCAGGGCAUUGACGUGGACGAGUUCAUCCGGAACGGCGUGCAGGCGGCCCUGCGGCAGCUCUUGGAGUUCGGCCUCUUUCACGGGGACCCCCACGCCGGGAACAUCUUCGCCAUGCGCGACGGCAGGAUCGCCUACGUGGACUUCGGCAAUGUGGCAAACAUUUCCGCGAGUCAGCGAGACGUGCUGAUCGGAGCCAUAACCCACGUGUCAAAUUCAGACUACCAGGAGAUCGCCAACGACUUCAUCCGCCUGGGCUUCCUCCGUCCGGGCACGGACGUCUCGGAGAUCGUGCCGGCCAUGGAGACCAUCUGGGCGGACUCCAUGGGCAAGUCCAUCAAAGACUUCAACUUCCGCACCGUCACCGCGCGCUUCUCCAAGCUGGUCUACCAGUUCCCGAUCCGCAUCCCCGAGAGGUUUUCGCUGGUCAUCCGUUCCUUGCUGAUGCAGGAGGGGAUUUGUAUGUGCCUGAACCCUGAAUUCAGCAUCAUUGAGGUGGCUCUUCCAUAUGCCUCGAAGAGGCUACUGAGCAAUCCAAACUCCAGGUUGAGGCGUGAGUUGCUGAGCAUCGUCUUCCGCGCAGAAGGUGAGGAUCAGCGGCCGGUGCUGCAGUGGGACCGCUUGACAAACUUGGUCAUGUUGGCCAAGCAGGCCCGCGAUGGCACCUCGAUUCAGAUCAAUCAGGUGAUUGUCGACUUCUUCCGCGGCUUGCGGAGGGAUGUCAUCAAUGGCGUGGACACGGGACUUGCGCCGGCCAAAGUGCUGCGCGGCGGCCUCGAGGCGCUCACCGCGGGCAACCGCCUGCGCCUCCGGGACGUGCUGCAACUGGUGGAGCUGCUGAGUCCGGACCUCACGCCGGCGCUGGCAAGGGAGGUGGCCGAUGCCUUGAUCCGCGACACCGUGGAGGACGUGCUGAAGGAGCGGGGCGUGGAGCUGGAGCUGGAGGACUUCGAUCCCAAGAACUUGGGCAAGGUGCUCGGAAGCCCAAAAGAGCUGCUGAAGCUUCUGCCCGUGCCGCCUGUGCCGCGGCCCGUGUGA